AUGAGAGAGGACUCGGAGACAGCUGCUUUGAACGAAAGGAUAGAUGAGUUCAAGGGUGACCCAGAAAAAUUGCGUCAGGCCACCGAAUUUGUGGACGAACUCAUACACCAAGCAAAAAAAGAGGCUGAGUUAAAACUGAAAGAGAAAGAGAAAAGCAAAUUUGAAUCUCAAGACGCGAGUGUGGGUAAUAUAAAGCGGCGGCUUGGAAGGGCACGCGGUUUCGUCCUACGUAUGUUCGACGCUCUUUGCAAUUGUACGCAGACGGCAGCCGCCGCGGCCCGCACUACGGCUCGCAAUGCUAACAACCCUUUUACAAAACGC